UUUAAAGAUGGCGUCCAUCAUGGAAGGGCCGCUCAGCAAAUGGACUAACGUCAUGAAAGGUUGGCAGUAUCGUUGGUUCGUUUUAGAUUAUAACGCCGGUCUGCUGUCCUACUAUACGUCCAAGGACAAAAUGAUGAGGGGUUCCCGAAGAGGCUGUGUGCGACUUCAGGGAGCUGUGAUUGGUAUAGAUGACGAGGACGACAGUACCUUCACCAUUACAGUGGACCAGAAGACCUUCCAUUUUCAAGCUCGUGAUGCAGACGAGAGAGAAAAGUGGAUCCAUGCCUUAGAGGGCACUAUUCUCCGGCACACACUUCAACUGCAGGAGGCUGAAACAGAAAUUGUUCCCAGUGUUCAAGAUUUCGACAAGAAGCUCGCUGAAGCGGAUGCCUACUUGCAGAUUCUGAUCGACCAGUUAAAACUAUUUGAUGAAAAGAUCAGGAACUGCAAAGAAGAUGAGCAGAGAAGAAAAAUUGAAAACCUAAAGGAAACCACAUGUGGCAUGGUAGAAUCAGUCAAACACUGUAUAGUGUUACUGCAGAUUGCCAAGGACCAAAGUAAUGAACAGAAGCACGCAAAUGGACUUAUAAGUACCAUCAACCCAGUGGAUGGAAUAUAUCAGCCUAGUCCUCUUGAUUCUUCAGUAAUCAGUACGAUGCCUACCCAGACUGUCCAACCACCAGAUGGUUUCCAGGUGAGCAAAGGGGAGCUGCGGCCCACCACCCUGGCGGUUGGUUCUGUGGUGUCUGUGAUGGGAAACCACCAGACUCCCACCCCCAACAGCACAGGGAGUGGCCCGUCCGCACCGAGCAGCAGCGUCACCUCCCCCAGUCACGUCAACCUGUCCUCCAACACGGUCCCUGACUUCUCCUACUCCAGUAGUGAAGACGAGUUCUAUGAUGCAGAUGAGUUCUACCAGACCAGCACCUCCCCAAAACGCUGCAUAGAUCCGUCUAUGGCCCCGGCAGUGCUGCCCCACAGCAGCACAGGGAGCAGUCUGAAACGUCCAGACACCAACGAGUCUCUCAACUCCUCCAUGUCGAAUGGCACCACUGAUGCAGGUGAACCCAGGGGGACAGGGUUGAGAAAUCGGUUUGACAGCCAUGAUGACCGGGAUGACGAUGGGGAGGGCGAGUCUGUGGAGGAGCACAAGAGUGUCAUCAUGCACCUGCUGUCCCAGGUCAGACUGGGGAUGGACUUGACCAAGGUGGUUCUUCCUACGUUUAUCCUGGAGAGGAGAUCAUUGCUGGAAAUGUACGCUGACUUCUUUGCACACCCCGAUCUGUUUGUCAGUAUUGCAGAUCAGACGGAUCCCAGGGACCGCAUGGUGCAGGUUCUGAAAUGGUACCUCUCUGCCUUUCACGCAGGACGGAAGGGCUCGGUGGCCAAGAAACCCUACAACCCCAUUCUGGGAGAGAUCUUCCUGUGUUACUGGGACCUGCCUUCAAACAGCGAGGAGAAUGCAGAGCCUGUUUCAGGGGGGCCUGCUCCUUGGUGCAGUAAGAACGACGUGUCCUUUGUUGCAGAGCAGGUCUCACAUCAUCCACCCAUUUCUGCGUUUUAUGCUGAGUGUUACAGCAAGAAGAUUCAGUUCAAUGCUCACAUCUGGACAAAGUCCAAAUUUUUAGGAAUGUCAAUUGGGGUCCAUAAUAUUGGACAAGGGUGUGUAUCAUGUUUAGAGUAUGAUGAACACUAUAUUCUCACUUUCCCCAAUGGCUACGGAAGGUCCAUUCUCACAGUUCCUUGGGUAGAGCUGGGAGGGGAGUGCACAAUCUCUUGCUCCCAGACUGGAUACAGUGCCAGCGUCAGCUUCCACACAAAACCUUUUUACGGCGGGAAGAAGCACAGAAUCACAGCCGAGAUCUUUCCCCCCAAUGAUAAGAAGUCAUUCUGUUCCAUUGAUGGCGAGUGGAAUGGUGUCAUGUAUGCAAAGUGGGCAUCGGGGGAGAGCAACUUGUUUAUCGACACCAAGAAGAUGAGCACGAUCAAGAAGAAAGUGAGGAAGCUGGAAGACCAGUUGGAGUAUGAGUCCCGGAGCCUAUGGAAGGACGUGACGGUUAAUUUAAAAUUAAGAGACAUUGAUGCUGCAACAGAAGCAAAGCACAGCCUUGAAGAGAAGCAGAGAGCGGAGGCCCGAGAGAGGAAGGAGAACGAGAUGCAGUGGGAAACGCGGUUAUUCCAUGAGGAUGGAGAAUGCUGGGUCUAUGAUGAACCCCUUUUAAAACGUAUGGCUGCCAACAAACAUUGAGAAUGGGUGGGAGUUGAAAAAAGCAAGGACUUUGAGUCUUCAGUAGAACUCUUUAGAAACCGCUUAUUAAAGCCUUUGAAUGACAGAAUAUUUACUCUGCUUCCCCCCACCCCUCCUUCAGAAGUGAUGAUUUCUCUCAAGGUCUGCUCCGUGAGCCACCGCCGUCAUAGAUUUUUAAGCAAGUCUAAAGAACCCUGAAGCAUCUUUCUUCUUUUUUUUUUUGGAGGGAGGGGAGUGGAGGGGUUGGUCUGCAUCUCAGGGAAACGGAUGAUUUGAGGAAGAAACAAUUUCAGAAACCUUUUGUGGAGGAGGGGGAGAGAGUGGGAACCUUGCUUGCUGAAGUAGCCAGCAGUGGCUGUAUUUUUUUUUCCUCCCUGUUGAUAUCGGCUCUGUGAGGAUAUGAGCACCUUUGAACCUGCAGUGUCAUUAUGCAUAAUCCAGAGAUCUCUCUCUCUCUCUCUCUCUCUCUCAUCACUGUACAAAUGUAUAUUGAAAAGAAAUCUGCUCAGUCAGUAGGGCAAGUUACAGAAACUGUUUUCCAAACCAGUGCAUUAACACUGGACCAGGCUAGAGUCGGUGGAUCAACGGACCAAUUCCUUGUGCACUCUGUUAUUUUACUUUUAAGGGACCAGGUAACAAUAGCAAGCCUAUUUUUUUUAGCACUACCCAAGAUAAGGCUUGCCCAUUUAGUAAACAUGAACCAAUCACAUUGUUAGAUAAAGAAAAAAAAAAUCUGUGCUUUUGUCAUCAGAAAUAAAAGUGAUCGCUACAAGCUUGCAGGCUCUGUGAAAGUUCUAAGUUAAGACUGCAGAAAAAGCUGGAUGUUCACAUGUAUCCAAUCCUAGCCUGGUUCAAUCUGUAUCCAAUCCAGUGAUCCUGUGUUAGUGUAAAUGGCAAUCUGCUUAGCAUACCUUCUACAGACAUGUAAACAUAGCAAGAACUCCAUUUCAUUUUGGAUCUGUUUAUUAAAGUAGACAUCAAGAUGUUUAGGAAUAAAUAUAUAUAAUUUCUCAAAGUCAAUAAUUUUAUUUUUGUGUGUUAAUUAAAAUAAUGAAUUGAUGCCUUGCUGUUCUUUACAGUGUCUCUCGCUUGAAGAAAAAUAAAUCGGUAUUUUUUUAUUUUAAAGACUUAUUGUUUCUAAACUUAACCGAUGACUGUACCAGAUUCUCCUGUUUAUUGAUGCAGAUAUUAAACCUUAAUAAAUUUCCCAUUUUUGUUUUGCAUAUGUUUCAUGUAUUUGUAUUUAAUUCAUAAUAAAGCUGUAGCGUGAUGGAA